AUGGCCUCCCCUGACGCUCAAUAUUCCAACCGUGAAAUCGCCACAACUGCGGGUACAGCAAAUCGAUUGUCGGAUUGUCCUCGUUGUGGAAGUUUCAAAUACCCCAAAAUACGUGCCACUCGCAACAAGUCGCCAUGUCAAGAACACCCUCUUCACCAGGGUACUGCGUUCCUUGAAAUUGGUCUAAAUGACCCAGAUGCCGCUGGCGAUGCGAAAAUAAAAGAAGAACCAAGACCAAAACUACACGUCCGCUUUCGCAGUGAAGUUGACAUCGUCGAACCCAACUCGCCAAACCGGGGCGACUUAACCUCGGCGACGAAAUCCAACAGUGUUCCAAUGUCGUCCUACUUUCCUACCCUUCCGAGGCUGCUCUUCUUAGCCAUUGUGAUUAUGCUGGUCGUACCCAGUCUACACACAGCUCCUAUUCUGCAGGUGGGUGCGAAUCCGGUAAGGGCAAGAGCCGGACAAAACAGAGAUCCCGUCAUAGUGCAGAGGCCAAAGAAGGAGUUGUCGUCGGCAAAUGAAAGGCGGCAAGACAGUGCCACGGAUGUUUGCCGGAGAUGGUCGCAGCAAAGUGCUGUGGUCAAUGGCACCUUGUAUCUGUAUGGUGGCAGGUCUACAACGUCCUCAGAUCAAACACAAGACACGUGGAACAACGAUUUCCUCACCCUCGAUCUGACGAAAUCCUGGCAGAUCUCUACGCCGUCAUUGACGAGCCUCCCUGUCCCGAGUGGACCCCCUGCAGUUUCACUUGGAUAUUUAUGGCACUCACUUGAUGCGCUUGUCCUUUACGGCGGCGAGUUCUCGGAUUCGCCUGUUACAUCCCCAGUGCCAUUCUCGACAUGGACGUACGACAUCUCUUCAGGUUCUUGGUCGGAGUCUUCAAAUCCACUGACAAGCUCUGGAGACAAUUCGGAGCCGGCAGAUCAACCAGUCGAACGCGCUGCCGAAGGAGCAGGUGUCUCUGUACCAGGCCUUGGCCGCGGGUAUUACUUUGGAGGACAUCUGGAUGGCUACACGACCCUCGGAUGGUCGCAGUCUAUCGCGCGCGUCUACCUUCGUGGUCUGUUGGAGUACACUUUUCCAGGAUACAGCAACGCCGCGGUCGACGACGACGACGAUAGUGUUGCUGGUGCAUCUGGGAUCUACCGCAACAUCACUGAGGGCGGCACUCAGGAGUCGGCUGGUUUCCCUGAACGUGCAGAUGGCCUUCUUGUCUAUGUCCCUGGAUACGGCGAAUCUGGCAUCAUUAUCGGGCUGGCAGGCGGAACGAACGCCACUUUUACCCAAUUGAACGUUAUCGACGUGUAUGAUAUCGACACAUCAACUUGGUACAAGCAAGCAACAGCCGGGCCCACCCCCGAGAUUCGGGUCAACCCGUGUGCUGUAGCAGUGUCAGCUGCAGACGGUAGUUCUACCCAGGUAUACAUGUAUGGAGGCCAGAACUUGAUUCCCUACGGCCGGCAAACCCAGUACGACGAUAUGUGGAUCUUGACUAUUCCUUCUUUCACCUGGAUUCAAGUAGACACUUCAAACCAGGCUGUGCCACCGGCCAGAGCCGGCCACACGUGCGAUGUCUGGAAUGCUCAGAUGAUUGUUGUUGGCGGAUAUACUGGCCAGGAGCUUUCUUGCGACAGCCCAGGAAUAUACGUGUUCAACACCAGCUCGCUCUCAUGGCAAAACAACUACUAUGCUCUAGACACGAACGAUAACUUGAACCGGCAGAAGAGCCAGCAAGAUGACCCUUCAGCGGUGCAAGGCUCGUACGGGUACGCGGUACCACAAGCAGUCCAGUCGGUGAUCGGUGGCGAUGCUGUUGGAGCGGCCACCGUCACCGCCCCUGCUCAAACAGCCACGCAAGGUCCUCUGGCAUCGGGCAGCCCACGAACGUACACAGUCACUCAAUCCAACGGGGCCGUUACGACCCAGACAGCCACGCCAGGCACUGACACCAGAGGUCCAAAUAUCGGGGCCAUCGUCGCUGGAGUCAUAGCCGGGUGUUUCGCCGUCCUGGCUGCUUAUUUGGGUUUCUGCACAUGGCUAUAUCGGAAGCAACUGAAGAUCUACAAAAACCAUAUAACGAUGGCACAACGACAGCAUCUCUCGGGCGAUCCCAGGUAUAUCGGUGCAGGUUUCACGCCCGUCAAAUACAGCGACAAGAGCCAGACCAGUGACAGCCGCAACAGCGCAGACAAUCGAAGUGGGGAUGAGAGCAGCAGAUCCGGUCAUGCGGCUCGGGCGAAUGCGCUGGCAACGAACAAUCCUUACCGGAGUGUGCCUGGUGGUGCCGGGCUAGCCACGGCAGCAAGCAGUACGGAGGAUCUGAUGGCCGGUCACGAGCCGAGCUUUCUGGGCGUGGUACUGAACCCGCGACGGAGUUUGAGAGUGGUCAACAGGGACUGA